CGCAGCACCAGCAGAAGACUCGUUUUCAUUAUCGGUUGAUAUUAUUAUUUAGAUAAUAAUAAUAAUAAUAAUAAUAAUAAUAAUAAAAUGUAUUUAAUAUUAUAAUUUUUUUGUGUGCGCACCGCGUCGUGUUUCGUGAUGCUGCCGCCGUGCGUUUUGUAUACCGUACACUGUGAUUAGUGAUUAGUCUUUUGUACGUAUGUGUGUGUGUGACUGCGCGUGUUAUUACUUAUUUUUAAUUGCCACCGCAUUAUUAAUACGGUCCGGUGGACGAACAAACGUUACAUACGCGCGCACACACACGAUCAUAAUUAUUAUAUAAUAUCAUAAUAUACAAUAGUUAUAAUAUAUGUGCACGCACAUAAUAUACGUUUAAUAAGUUUUGACGUUAAUUUUGUACGAUGCUUCGUUGUCCGUGUUUGUGUUUAUCGUGUAGCUGUUGUCGCCGUCUAGUUUAUUUAAUCUCAUAAUUAACCGCGUCACUUGCGAUCCGCGCGUCAUACGUUUGAUAAAAAUGCUCUAGAACCGUCGUUAUAUCGCGUUCAAAUGGAAUCCAUUGGCCGUUCUACUAUCAUGGGCAGUAACACUAACACAACAGUGUCCACCAUUGCCAAUGCUACCUCCUCGGCUGUUGUCGGACUCCUACUGUCACAAGCCAGGCCUUCGGUGGCGACCAUUACGAGCAAUACGAAAACCACUGGGUUGUGUCAUAACGGCAUUCAUAGAAUGCCAUUGCAACACUGCACUAACGGUAGCAACGUCAUACAACAUCACCAAUAUCCUUCUAUACUAGUAGCACCGCCGCCGCCGACUUUAGUACCGUCAUCGUUGAUACAUCCUACUCAGACUGGUGCAAUGUUGCCUGCAUCACCUCAGUUAAUGCUAUCAACGACAACGGUCACGACUUCUGGAGUAAUACCACAGUUUCAACAACACAAUGGACCACAUCAAUUAGUUACUGCUGCUGCAGCACCUGCUUCCGUUGCUCCUAUAGUCAUGCCCACUUCGAAUGUUACCUCUGUUGGCAUGGCGUUGAGUCCUUUUGGUAUAUUGCCACACGAACGUGUGGUACCACACAAUACUCAUCAACGUCAUCAGCACAGAAAAUUACCGUGCCCGCAGUCUUCUAAACCUAUUAUGGACACUAGUGGCGCACAAAUAUUAACUGCACCAGUUAUUAAUUCACAGCGUUUUUACAUUGAACCCACUCACCUCAGCAACAAAAUUAAACAAUACGACAGCAUUCAGCCACAGGCACAACCGCAGCCACAACAACCACAGCCUCAGCAUAGAAUCAAAAUUGUCAAUAGCAUUUCAGAUAAAAGUCUGCCAGUGGUGUCCAGUGCAUACGUUCCACAACCAUAUGAACAACGUUACCAACCAAGAACAGCAUCUCAGCAAGUAGGUUAUUUGUCUGUUAUUACUCGUACAGCAGUACCAACGACCAAUGGUGUGAUGAAUGACAUAACAGCAAACAAUAAUUAUUACCAAGCCCAACCUUUACCAUUACAAUCAAAGACUUCUGAUAAUCAUGACAGACAAUACUACCAUUUCGAUAGUACAGUAUCUGCUAGCCAAACACCUCAACAGCAAUUAGACAAUAUCUUAUUAAUGGGAACUCCAGUCCAACGUGGUGAUCCUAUGCAUAUUGUUAAAAAUUUACAAUCCAUGCAGACUGAUAUUGAUUGUUAUGGUGUUAAAAAAAUGAUUGACCAACAACCUAGGUUAUUGGCUACUGACAAUGGUAAAACAAUUUCACCAACAAAUUUAUUAGGUAAUGGUAACAAAUGUUUAAUUGAGCAUCAGCACCAGCAUCUUCAGCAGUUGCCUAAAUCUGCUGUAAUUGACCCAUCGUCAUCUUACAGUGAUCAAUAUUUUAAUAGACGUCAGCCACCUCCUGCACAUCUUCAUCAGCAUCAUAAUCAACCGCAUUUACAGCAGCAUAUUGUCACUGGUAAUACCAAAAUGUUACCUACGCCUACAUCUUUAACUGUUGUUUCUGCUAAUGGAAAUACAUAUUUAGAUGUACAGCAGCACCAACGCAACCAUCGUUGGAAUUUAGACCAUCAAAAACCACCCAUUGUAUCAACUUCGUCAUGUUUUACGGGAAACAUUUCUUCUGGGGUAUUUCAUCAGCCGCCAUCACUGCAUCAACACCAUCAUCAACAGUAUAAUAAUACAGUUCAAACGUUUAAUGUUCAACCACCACCGACUAGUGUUCAUCAUCAACAUCAACAUAUUUCACAACCAGCCCAUCAUAAUAAUUUUACUGUGUCAUCAGUAAAUCCAACGUAUUACAGUCCUACAACUACAAUGGUUUCAUCUACUGUCACUCCCCUAACCACAACUAGCCCAUCAUUAUCACUGUAUAAUCGAACACAGAGUAAUAAUCAAAGACAACAUAAUAACAUUUUUCAAGACUUCACCAAUAAUUUGCAAGGUGGAAAUUAUGUUUUAAAUGACGAUAACAGAACGUCAUCUUUACCACAUGUUGUCGUCCCAAACAUUGAAGAGGAAUUGAGUCACCUUUGUGAUGACUCCACUACUACUACAACUACUAAUACAACUACUACUACUACUAGGGUUAAACCAUUAAAUAUCAUUACUCAAAAACCUUCAUUUAUUGAUAGUUAUAUCAAGUUUAUACAUGGUGGUACAAGUAUGACUGAAAAACCAGAAGAUGAAUGUAAUGAUAAAUCAAAAAAAUUAUCAACACCACUGACAUCAUCUUCACCAAAACCUAUAUCUAAGCCCUAUGUACCUUUACCGAAACCAAAGAUUUUACCAACAAUUGAACAGACAUCUCGUAAUGGUUCUAGUGAAGAUAUUAAGAAGAUAAAUAAUGUUACAACAACAACAGAUGACGAUCCACGGUACUUUCCAUUGCCUAAAACUUCAUCAUCAAUAGCUGGGAUAAGUGACGACAGAAGUGAUGGUAGUAAUGGUGAAAACAGUUGGUUGUCAGAUGACGAACAUGAUCAAUGGUGGAUAUCUUCGUCAAAAGCAUCUAGUAGUGCAACAGCAACAUCAGUGAUAAAAAAUAAAGUAGAUGUUUUUAACAAAAAAAAAAAUAAUGGCACCGUGAAAAAAAGACGAACAAAUUCUGUUGUACCAAUUAAAAAACAAAAAACAUAUCAUUUACAACAGCCUACAAGACAAUUGUCUCACCGUUUGGCUAAAGAAAAAUCUCAACAAUUGCUUAGCAGUUUAAAUGGUGAAUUGGAUGUAGAUGAUAAUGAUGCUUUAUCAGAUACUGAUUCCGAUGUUGAUCCAGCUUGGAUACCAAAUAAUGACGAUAAUGAUGUAUCUAAAACUUCCAAUUCAAUCAAUAGUCGUCAUAAAAAGUACUCAAAAGAGCAAAAUUCAAAUAUUGGUCAUUCACCAUCAACCUCAUCUUCAAUCAAUAAUAAUAAUAAUGAUAAUGAUCAUCUAGAUGACUCAACAUUAUUUAAGUCUGGUACAUUUGUUGCCCUAAAACGUCAAUUUUUGGAUAAUGUACAUGUGUAUCCGCAACAUUUAUGGAGAGUUGAUGGAAAAUCGUUGUUACAAAAAUUUACACGAUGCAAUGAGAAUAAUAUGUACAAAAGUGUAUCAACUUAUACAGGUUGGAGUCCAUCACAUUAUAAUAUGUACCGUCAAGUUGAUGUUCAAAUUAUUGCAACAGAUAAUGGUGAUAAUGUCAUUCCAAAUAAAUCAUCAACUAUUGAAGUUUUGGUACAAUUAAUAACUGACAAUGACAAAAAACCUGAUCAAAAUAAUUCUAUAGUCAAGACUGUUAGUUCAGCUUAUAACCACAUCUCUAAGCUAAAAGUUGACGCUAUUAAUUCUAAUUUGUCUACAAACUCUUUUGUUGAUGAGCAGAACGUGAUGCUACGUACCAAUUUUGAUGUGUAUAUCCAAUCAUUAGCAUCACAAGCACUGGACUCAAAUUUUCUGGGAGAAAUUUACCGAGAAAAUGAUGAGUACUUUUUAAGCAAUCUCAGUGCUAUUGAAACAGUUACACAAACUUGGAAGCAGACUAUAGCUUCUACAACGUUAAAAGAUUCAGUAACAGAUUUAUCCAAAGUAGAAAAUGUAUGGACACUUAUUGCAAAAUAUCCAAACAUGGAAAUUAAUUCAUUAAAUGAAAAAUCAAGGAAUAACAUGAAUUUGCGCUGCUUAGUAUGUGGCAAUCAGGAAUUUAUGAAGAAACAACAGAAAGAGUUUGUUGAGAUAUGUCUAUCUGGUACAGAGUACAGUUCUCAGACGUUAAAAAAUAUUGAUUCUAAUAUAACAUUUUCUAAGGUUAUGCCAGUAAAGCGAUUUCAUUGCUGUUCUAGCGCUCAGUGCGCAGACAAGUUAACUAUCUUGCAUAGUCUUGAACAUCUUAAAUAUUAUAUUUACAAAGAAUGUUGCAAACGUGUUACCGCUGAAAAUGAAAAUAGCUGUAAUGGUUUAACUCAUGACACUACUACUGUUUUAAAUCGAUUAUUAGCUGAUGAUGAAUGGAUUGAAAAACUGUUUCAUUUGGUAUGUAAUACGUGGUCACAAGCUAAAAGUUUUGUUUCAAAAAACCAAUCAAAUUGCAGAGCAGUUUCAUCUUAGUAAUUUCAUUGGUAUAAUGUAUAUUUUAGGUAUACGAUAUUUUUAAAAAUAUAAUGGUUAACUAUUGAAACAACCAUUGUCAUAUCAUAGUACCAACAGCCUUUGUUAAAUAUUUAGUGCCUUUAUCCAUUUUAUUAUUGCCAUUGUUAAAUUUUGUAUUAUAUCCAAAUUAUUUCUAAAAGGUUACCUUUGUACUUUUGACAGUUAAAUAUUUUAUUUUUAUACAACAUUAUAUAAUUUGUAUUUGUUACUUGUUUUCAUAAACAAAUCAUGUGUUGUCAUAAUUUUAAUAUGCAUAUUUAUGUAUGUGUAUAAAUAUAUAUAUAUGUAUAUUUAUGUAUGUAUGUAUGUAUGUAUAUGUUAACAUAAAAGACUGUUUACUUGUCAUAACCAGUGGCGCAAUUUCAAUAAAAUAAAUUUGGGUGUGAUAAGCAUCCUUAAGCACCCCAGGUUGCGCCUAUGGUCGUAAUCAUGAAGUAAUUGAUGUACUUUGGUAUUUAAUUAUAUUACUGUACUGUGUUAGUUUAAGAACAUUGACUCAAAUUUAUAGUGAAUUUGUAUCUUGAUACAAUUUAAUUUUUAAAAAUUAAAUUAUAAUUAUAAAUAUUUAUUUUAGUACUUUUUGUUUUUAAAAUUUUACAAUUUCACUUUUAUUUUACAUUGUCACACAUUCAUUGAUGUAUGAAAAACAUAUUUUUGUCAUAUAAAUAGUAUUAUAUAUUGAUAAGUUAAUAUAAAUAUAUGUUGGGGGAUUGUCCCACAAUAUUUAUAUUAAAUUACAAAUGUCAUUUAAAUUUUAUUUCAGAUUCUGACUAUACCCUAUUAAAUAUAGACAUUCUCCACAGCAGACUUUUAUUCCAGUUAUAAUUAAAAUAGGCUCUGUAAGAAUUACAGAUUGGUCAUCUGACUGGAGUCUUAGAAAAAUGGGUUACUACUGAGUAUAUUUCUUAACUUGCAUAGAUUUUAGUUGCCAUUUUAUGUAUAUAAAUAAUAAGCAUUAUGCUUAUCUUCCACAAUAGUGGAAGAGGCAGCUUUGAACCAUCCACAUUGUUCUGUGGCCUAGCUUAAUAUUAAACACAAUAUAAAUUAAUUUUUACUUAUUGAUACAAAAUUUUUAUAUUCUUUAAUCUUUAGUAAAAAUGAUAUAUAACUAUUUAUUGACAAAAAUUAAGCUGAUGUAUUUAUGUGACUUUACCUGUCAAACAAUUUAGGUACAGAUGUAACGCUAAAUUUAACCAUAAAUAUGUAUUUAAAUUUAUAUUAACGAAAUAAUUAAAUAAAAAUUGUAAACGUUCACUAUUAGGUUAAACAAGUGAAUGGACUUUAAUGUUAACAGUUGACAAACACAUAAUAUGUAUAUAGAAUAUAUAUUUGCAUAAAAAAAUAUUAAUUGAAAUAUAUAAGUUAUAAAAAACUCAAAUGUAUUUUUUAUUAUCUUAUAGAUUAUGUUUAUAUAGUUAAAAACUUUUAUACUAAAAAAAAAACCAUAAGAAGACAUACUUGCAUGUAUUUACUCUGUCUUAUUACACCUAAUAUAGCAAAUUGUACGGCGUACGCUCUGAAUGAACUAUUCAAUUCUGUUAUGUUGAAUAUUUGAGAGAAUCGACCUCUUAUUAAAUUUAAAAGUAAAAAUAUUAUCUAAUGAA